AAAUGCUAUAUAACAAUCCAAGCUUCCGAAUCCACUCAACGUUGUAUAUUCCUUUUACUUAGAUAAAGAUCCCCCGGUGGGUCGCCGGAGAAUUCAGCCCCCGGUUGCCGGUUGCUGUGUCGGCGGUGGUGGCGGUAAUGAUACAUGGCGAAGGGUCGGAAACUGCUCACCAGCCGCAGCGAGCGCCUGUUGACCAGCUACAGUUACGGUCAAGGCCAAAGCACGGCCAUAGAUUCGCUGGAGCUCGGCGAGGACGACGUCUGGUCGAUUGUCGAUGACGUGGCCUCCACCGGCGACGAUCACCCUGGCGAGUGGAUUCCGCGCGCCACCGCCGAUAGCAAUGGAACCGCCUCCAUCAAGACCCGCCGCCCCCUCCCGCCGCGAGACGGGCGCCACUUGGGCGGGCUGUCCCUGGCGUUCGAGGACUCCGAUAAAAGGGCGCCGUCGAGGAUUGUGCACCAGUUUCGUAGCCACGACAGAGCGGCGAGCCCACGUGGACACCACCUGGCCACUUCGGCGCCGGUGAACGUCCCGGACUGGUCGAAGGUUUACCGGGUCGACUCGGUCGAGUCCUUGCCGGACUCUGACCACGGCGCCGGCGACGAAGACUCCGAGAUCGUGCCGCCGCACGUGUAUUUGGCACGAGAAUACAGGGAGAUGGCGGCGAAAUCGGUUUUCGAGGGCGUUGGCCGGACGCUGAAAGGCCGAGACAUGAGCCGGGUUCGCGACGCGGUUUGGAGUCAGACCGGGUUCGACGGCUGAAUCUUGAAUCUGAGUAAUGAGUUGGGCGAGUGGACUCGGGCAGUUUGAGUCAACUCAGAUGAUUAUGAGUCACUUCGGAAUCUGGGAUCAGUUGCUGUCGCUGUCACGUCCGUGGGAAAUUUAGUCCUUUCGUGAUCUGGGCCAGUGAAAUUUUGAUACGAUGAGUUUACUUUUGUGCCUCGCUAGGUGUUAUUAGUAUCCCCUGCUAGUGGAUGGAAAGAAAGCUAUUGUUGAAUUACAAAAUUGUCCUUUGUUAUGCUUUAAAACUACCAAUAUGAGUAAUUAUUUCUUGAAGUGAGAAGAUAUUAAAUCGAUACUUCAUAUAA